AUGCAUGCAUUUGCCAUUUUCAGCCAUUCUGACAAAACAGCUGCGAGCUCGACAACUCGAAACGCCCUUUCAUUAAGUCUUAACUCAAUCAGAUCUCCUAUCAGUGUCGUGUUAAACACUAGCACGCGCGCCCCAAUUUCCCCGGUUUUACCCAGUGAUUUGUUUUUUUCCUGCAUUCAGCACUGAACAGCUCCUCGCGCGCGUCAUGCCUUGAGCAGAAACCUGAGCAGCUCGGUCGAACUGAACGCACGCGAAUGCACUGAAAUCUCGAAAUGCGUCUAUUGUUCUGGCGCAAGUGUUGAGUUGUGCUCGGCUCAGCUGACGGGACGGAACGGGCGCAACAAAAGCGCGUCGUGUCUUCCUGCUACAGCGCCUUCCAAGCUUCCCUCUGCAGAUCCGAGUGCAUAUGCGUGGAGAAAUAUGCAUGAAUGAGCUUGCUGGUUUUUACUGUGCCCUUUGGGGGUUAUCGAUACGUCAUCGCGAUCUGUGAGGGAUUGGCCGCUUUUCCGCUUCCUUUUUAUUUCUUUCUCCCAAUUUGCAAACGCGGCCAGUCUUCGCCUCCGGAGCGGCAGGAUUCCCACAGUUGGGGAAGGGUGCCUCCCGAGGGAAUCUUGUAAUCCUUCCGUGCAAGAGGAAUGAGCGCAAUAUAGAGGCAACGGUGACACACAAGGGCUGGAAAUUCGCCGUCAGCCGUCAUCAGAGCCUCGUCCUGGUUUUUUUUGGUGGGGAAUACGCUUCUUAAAAGGACUAAAUGAGCGCCGGGUCUUCCGAAAGCCUGGCGCUUUCGAUCCCACCGUGCACCUCGAAUGGCACGGCGCGCGCCAAUGGCACGUGCGCCGACCCCACCGAUCCGCUCUUCCGGUCGUUUUCGUCCACGAUGGUGUUGUUAGUGCUUGUGGCGAUGAUCGCCGGCACUGUCCUGGUCUCCCUCGCCACCUUUCACCUGCACAAGAGCAAGAUGAGGAAGCGCAAAAUGCAGAAAGCGCAGGAGGAGUACGAACGCGACAGCGGCCGCCCCAAAGCCGUGCGAGGGAAGCCAAGCAGCAGACACUGCGUAAUGGAGAGACCCACGGCGGUGCAGAAAAGCGACCUGAACGCCAAAAGAUCGGAUAAAGAAGCCGCUGACAGUGCAGGCAUCCCGGGGAAAGAGUGCACGGAUUAUACGAGACAUACGAGCCAGACGCGCGGAGAUCACCUGUUGGAAUCCGUCGCGGUGUCUUGAUUAACGCGGUGCCAUCCCAAUGCUUUGACACUGUAAAUACAGCCCGUGUUUUGGUAUAAUUAUAUUACACGGGUGGGGAUCCAGAAUCAGCCUCUAUACGCAUGAACAGUGCUAAAUCUUCUUCAGCUUCAGGAGGGAGGAGCCCGCUGGAAACAAUGGACGCGUGCUUCAAGGCCAAUAGAUUUAUAACGGUUUAUAAGCUAGUGUCGCUGUGUGUGAGGAUUGUAUAGAUCUCCUUCCUUCAUCCAUCUGAAUAAAUAGGCUCCCACUGCUAAAACAAGGAGUAGCCUGAUUUCCUGCUUUUAAGAACCUAAAAUUGUCAUCUGGACCGCCAACCUUGAUGGAUGAUGUGGACCAAACUGUAAUAUAUGAUUAGGAGUAGGAGACAUGCUGGAUGAUAUAUUUGUUGCCAAAAGUCAGGUAUGACUUCAUGAUUGAAUUGAGGAGAGAACUAGAUUGAGUUCCUGUAUGCUAGAGCUGAAAUAAGGACUAAGUCAAAUAACUGGGCUUGUAGACGUCAAUGUAGACUUCUUCUUCUUCUUCAUACUUCUUCAUCCUCGUACAUAUUUUAGAGUAUUUCCCAGUAGCCUGCUCAGCAAGGUCCCCAGUGUUGAGUUAACACCCACAGUGUAAGAAUUUGAAUUAACAUUUGAUUUAUGAAAGAACUCUUACAUUUCUCAUUUGCAUUGAGAUCGAAUACCCCAAUAUGGAGAAACAUGGUAUUAUACAACACUGUGGAUUUUGCUGUGCACCUUUACUUAUAGUUGUCUAUUUAAAAAAAAACACGUGUAUCAAUAUUAGGCUAAAUCGUGAUCUAAGUUUAUGUCAGGUAGGCCUAAACUGAGAGCUGAGAACUUUCUCUGAGAGCUUGGCAUGAAGAAAUGUGGUAGUUUAGCACCUUUUCCCUGAGACUGUUAGCGCACUAUUGCAGCUCCUAGUGGUAGUAUUAAAAGCAUCUUCAUGUUCUGGUCACAGUGCCGUAAUUCCCAUAGCGAUAUCCAAUAUAUAUCCAGAGGUACUUUAGUUAUGUAUUAUGCUACAGCUUUGGAUCAUUGCUUUCUUCUUUGCAUUUUUGCUCAAGAUUAAUCUAAAACUAACAGCUAACUAUUUUAUUAUACUCUGAUUAUAUAUCUAAGGAAUGUCAUUUAAAAUCUACAGUGAAUAAGACAUUUUCAAAAGUUAUUUUCUGUAUUUCUUUGACGUUGUGUUUAACCAUAAGGAGACAUUCAAUAUAACAUUGUAAUGAAAACAGGUAUUAUUUUAUUUUAUUUUUCAAUGCCUACUACUUUGAAAUACCAAUAAAGAAUUGUGAAAAU